CUCAGCAAGGAGACGUGAACAGGCAAAUACUUGCAAUCCCAGAGAACAGGCCAUAGAGGCCAAAAGACGGGGGACAGAUCCAGAUGACUCAUUUGUGGUCAGGAACGUCAUCUCAAAAGCAUUGAUGCAUCUGAAGAACCUCAAAAUGGCUUCCAGCUUGGCAGACUGGUGAACCAUGGAAACCUGAAGGAAAGGAAUGCCAAAAUGGCAGUGCUCGAGGUGGAUGAGUCCCCUUUCCUUUGCCUUUUUGCCAGCACUACAAUCAAGGAAGAGGAUGAGAUGCUCUAUGAUUAUGGCAUUCCCGAAGCAAAACUACCAUGGAACAAAAAAUUAAUAUUGCAUUUUGAAUCAUUUAUCAUUGAUAAUUUAGUGUACAGUAUGUAUCAAAAAUUUUAUCUUAAAUUAUCUGCAGAUUGUGUUAGUUUACGCCAAAAUGGUUAGUAGCACCUUCAAGCUACAGGCUUCCUCUUUAUAAUGACAUGUCAAGAGAUUGUGUAAAGAUUCACCUAGCUGCAGUGUGGAGAGAGAGAGAAGGAGAAUUGAAAAGGAUUUAUGCUGGCAUUACUACCUAAAACUUACAUACGGUCAUGGAUGGCUGAGUAAUAAAUGGUUUUGACCAAUGGGUCAAAUUGGGCUUGGGACAAAAGUCACAGUAAGUCCUCAGGUAAAGGUUUAUGUCGUGCUUUCGUUUGAUUGGUCCCAAGCCCAUUUUCACCCAUUGGCCAGAAACAUUGAUUACUCACCUCUUCGAUGUCAAGCCUUGUAUGCGACUAAGUGUUGCAGUUGGAAAUCCAUUUCUUCUGCCACUAACAAUUCUAGGAUUCUGCUGAAAGUGAUUUCUGACAGGUUCAGUGUUUUCCUCAGAUCGUCCUGUUUGCUGCCUUCUAGAGUUUGCUUUGCUCCGAUUGAGGUUGGUCCCUGUUGCAAUAUCAAAACUGUCCAGAGAUACUGGUUGCUUUUAACCUGGCAUAUUUUUCCUUCUUGAAAUGAGUCAAGUUACAAAUGUAGUAGCAAUAAGUUUGUUAAUACUGAUGGCCAUACCAGUCCUUCAAAGCAUGUUUACCUUCCUUGUGAAACACACUUUGUAUAUUGAGUAUUGACUUGAUUUUAUUUAGCCUAGAGAUGGAGUCCGCCCUGCUGAUUCAGCGUGGGGUAGCGUUGCAGUCGGAGGUGUUUCUGGUGAACCCAUCGGGCAUCCCGUGGUUGAUAACUCAGCAGUGAGAGGUGACUUUGGUAACCCCACUGGGCACUGCUGUGGUGAUCCAGUCACGGAUUACCCUUCAGUGAAUGAUAACUCUGGUGACCCGAAAGCGUAUGGGUCUGGUGAUCCCGUUAAGGAUAAUCCUGCAGUCAGAGGUGACUCUGCUGACCUCACUGGUGAUCCCGUCGGGGAUAACUAACUUUUCAGUUGGAAAUGACUCAUGUGAUCUCAUAGGUGACUCAGAUAAUUCUGAUGAUCCAGUUCUGAGUGACUCAGAUGAUUGCACUGGAGAUGACUCGGAUCCAGUUGUCAGUGACUCAGAUGAUCGCAUUGGAGAUGACUCGGAUCCCGUUGCAGGUGGCUCGGAUGAUCCCAGCGGAGGUGACCCAGAUGAUCCAGUUUCAAGUGACUCAAGUGAUCCUAUUGGUGCAGAAUCAGUUGGUCCAGAUACAUUUAGAUGUGACUGGAGGUGGCUCUGACGAUGCUAUUAGAGUCAUAGAUGAUCUGCACAGAAAUGACUCGGACGUCUAUGUGUCUGAGUCAAACAGUAAUGAUGAAAGUUUGGUGUUUGAUCCGUUACCUGGUGUUUCAAGAAGUCUGAGAGCAUCUCACAACUGUGAUUUUCUGGAACCUGCGGAAGGUUAAAACAUAUGAAAGAAUAUGUCCAAAAAGGCCCUGUGUUUACUGUGGAGAGGCACAGUCGCAGCUUACCCAUCACAUGCGAAGGAAACACCCGGAGCAGGAAGAAGUAAAAGCAGAGCUUAAACUUCCUCAAAAUGAAAUGCUUGAGGCCCUGUCCCAGAUUCGAAAGAAUGGGAUUUACAAAGAAAACAUACGAAGGAUGAAAUCUAGUGAGGGAUCUUCAUGUGAACUAAUGAGGGAGAGAAACCAAGGGACUUCAGAAAUAGUUAUGUGUGGAAGUUGUCAUGGCUUUUAUAGUAUGUCACGUAUAUGGCGACACAAGCAAGUCUGCCAUUCCACAGCUGUUAGAAAAGUAUCUUCCGUGCCAGUUUCAUCAUUGAGGAAUGCUGGUAGCCAUAACAUCGAUGCCAAAUUUCAGUCUUCUAUUCUUGAUCAAUUUAGGACAGACACUGUUGGGGAGAUCUGCAGAACCGAUACAAUGAUUAUUCAGGUAGGGAAGAAACUGUGGAGUCGAUCUGUGAAUAGGGAGAAGUCAAUCAUAAUGAAUGAUAUGAGAAGAUUGGGGAACCUUCUUGUGAAAAUGAGAAAUAUUUCUGAGAACUGCAGUCUGAAUGGCGAGGACAUGCUGAAACGUGGGAACUUUGCUUCUCUAGAAUUGGCCCUGGAUGACCUUAGUGAGAAGCCCAACGGAGAAGUGAAAGCUGGAUUAAGCCUAAGUGUGGGCUGUCUUCUGAAGAAAGGAGCAAAAGUCAUGAAAGGGGUGUACAUCAUUGAGGAUAGAUUGGAGGAAGCCGAGGAAAUUGAUCGCUUUCUUGCUUUGUUGGAUCUCAACUGGGAUUUUUUGUUCAGCAGAAGCUUGUUUCUUGUAGAAAGCAACAGGCAGGCUGUACUCAGGAAGCCCCACUCCAUGCCACUGGAACGUGAUAUUAAACGGCUGAAGGGCUUCACUGUUACUGCUAUGGCAGAACUUGUUGACAGCUGCGAUAAGUCUGAUGUCCACGUAUUCAACAAACUAAGGGCCUUAGCAGUCUCUAGGUUGACAGUGUUCAAUGCACAUCGGGGAGGUGAACCAAGCAGGAUGACACUCGCUGAGUGGCAGGAUGCCAGUCAGGCCUGGGUUGAUCCUCAACAUGCAGAGGCAAACAGAGACCCCAUCGAAAAGUACCUACUUGACUCGUAUAAUCUGGCGUAUCAAAAAGGAAAGGGAAGCAGGAAGCUUUUUCCCGUAUUGAUUCCCAAUGACACAGCACGAGCAAUUGACAAGCUUGUGGAGAUGAGAUCAUCAGUUGGCGUGUUGGAACAUAUACCUCUUCCCGUAUACUCAGAAGUCUGGCAAUCAUGUAAAUGGAUGGGCGGAACUGAAGAAGGUGACCGACAAAAUAUCGCUUCAACACUCUACGCCCUUCAAGAUGUCCCUGAGAAAGACAGAAAUACCUUCUACAAGCACAUGGGCCAUUCACAAGAGAUCAAUACUAAUGUGUACCAGUGCCCUCUUGCUGUGAGGGAAAUAACGUCAGUUGGGAGCUAUCUCAGAAAGAUAGAUGGCACAACUCCUCAGUCCAAAUCCACACCAGUCAAAACAGACAGGGCCAAUGGAUCCAGGAAACAACAUGUCAUGCCGGAGUCACCAGAUGAAUCAACAAGACAUAGCAGGCAUCCAGCGGUCUCUUCCUCAAGUGAACCAAGGAUAAUAUACAAGACACCCAAGAAACAUGUCACAUUUGUACCGAGUGGUUUGACCUCCACACAUUCAAAAUCCAAGACAAAGCACUCUCUAAUUUUUUCUCGAAAGGAUAGAGGUUAUACUAGGUGGAAGGAAAGAGACACAGCUUGUGUCAGGAAUGGUUUCAAAGACUGGAUAAUGGACAAGACGCAUACGGGGGCUAAAAGGGUCUUUGCCAGGCAAGGUCGAAGUUAAGCAAUUUCUUCGUAAAUUCCCCCACAUCCUUGACCCAGCAGGGAUCACUACACCAGAGAAGAUAGCUCUCAUAAAGACAAAAGUUUUCAACGAAAGAGGAAAAGAAAGAAAAAGAGACCAAGAAUUGGAAAAAAGGGACAGAGAGCGUUUUGUUACAAAUUAGCACAUUUCCAUAUUAGCACACCAGUUUAGGGUGCUUUUGAAAAACAGGUGGAUGAACCAAAAUUUUCCUUUUUAAAUGAAAGUACUGAUCUCCAUAGGGCAUGUAGCUCUGUGAAUAAAGCCACUGCGCCGCCAUGUUGAGCUAGUCAAUACAGUAUGCCAGGUGUGUUGCGAUCACAGAUCAACCCAUUGUUCGUUUGCAAAUACCAGGGAAGGAAUUUCGUCAUCUGAGGAGCAAGGCCACUUUGGCCUUAAAAACAUUAAACUUUUCAUGGCACCAAAGCAUUCAUUAACGCAUCAAGGCCAGUGGAUAUGUUAAAUCCUCAUCCCAGAAAGCAGGCAUCUUUAAUCAAGUCUCUGUAGAUGACAUAAGAAUUGUUAUGUUUCGGUCACAGAUAAGGCAGAAUGAUUGUGUUAUAAACAAAAUCUACCUUGGUGUAAAGGGCUCCUAAUAACUGAAACGUAAUUUCAACUAAUUAUAUUUUCAGCAAUAAUCAAGUCUCUGUAGAUGACAUAAGAAUUGUUAUGUUUCAGUCACUGAUAAUGCUGAAUGGUUGUAUUUUAAACAAAAUCUACUUUAGUGUAACAGGCUCUUGAUAACUGAAACCUAAUUUCAACUAAUUAUAUUUUCAGCACGCAUCUUAAUCAUGUCUCUGUAGAUGGUAUAAGAAAUAAUGAUGUUUCAAUCACAGAUAAUGUAGGAGAGUGAUGUAUAAUGGUUGAACCAUAGAUUUUGAUUAUUCAAAGUUGAUUACCACUUCAAACUUUUUGUUUGUUACCAACCCAGUUCCCUGUAGACAGUUGUUCGGAAUUGUAUGUGAACUUCAUUUAAUAACUUUACAGUAAUCUGAUAACUUAAGAAAUGGUCCCUGAAUAUGUAACUGCAGUCUUAAGUUAAAUAUUGAAUAUUAUCGUUAAGCAAAUUGGUAGCAUAUUGUACAGUGUGUAUGCUGAAAUGUCAGGUUUCUUAGCUUACAGUGUGUUUGACAGCUACUUAUUAAUUGUACAUGUUUACCAGGCUGCUGCACUGUUAAAAACAUUGUGCAUGAGCAUGAUCUGUAUGUGCAUCAGCAAAUCAAGUUUACUUCAGUAGAGAUAAAUUUGUUAUCUCAUGAAUGUGAGUAGAACAUGGAAUAAUGUAGGGUGUCUGUGUCCCAUAUGUCACUUAGCCUUAGGCCUCAUGUCAUGGAACGUGGAAGCAAUACUAUUCUGUGUGCUACUUGCACUCAAGGGAUACAAGAUGUAUUAAGUGUUAUUCUAGAAAUCACUUGUUUUAUUUUUGUUCCCUCUUUUUAUGGUAUUCAAAAACUUAAUAAUUGCCUGUUAUGAAACCAGCAUUCAACUACUGGAACAACUACUAGGAAUAUUAGUGAUAUACUUUCAGUAUUUGGAAACAUACAAAUACAACUGGAAUGGGAAGUAAAAUAAGAGAACCAAUAGGACUACACACUCAAAAAUGAGGUUGUUGGAACCAGACGUUAUACCAACCAACAUAAUUUGACUGUUGAAGAAUGUAUCUAAAAGUUUUCAGUGCACUCCUGUCGGCCAUCCCCAUUCAUUACUAUUUUGAAAUUUUGUGAACACGUUCAAAACUAGUGGUGUAUUCCAAAAACAGUUUGCAAUUCUCAAACUUGAUCUAUCUAUAGGUUUGCUUCAGCAUUUCCAGAGUAUAAUUAUCAAUUUGUUGAUUGCUGCUGAUGCUACAUUGUGAGCAUACAUAUUAGGGCAUUCUGCCACAGCAAAUCUUCACCCUAGAAACUCUUUAAUGAGGUUAUUUUUAAAAUGUUGGUUGCUCCAGUCUGGUUCUCAGUGUCUGAAAUCUAAAUUUGAAUGGAUGUAAGCUGCUACAAUUUGAUGCAAAAGUCCCGUUCUCAACUUGAAGCAGACUGUUCUAAACUCUGUGCAUGCACCACAUUCAUGUGUGUGUUCAUGUAUUCCGUGUUCCAAUUGCACUAAUGGGAUACUUUUGACAAGGCCAACUGACAAAAGGACAUACAUGUAUUAUGAGAUGUUUUUAAAAUCGCCAAAUUUUUUUACUUACAUGUAUGUUCCUUCUUUUUUACAGUAUACAAAAACUCAAGUAUUACCUGUUGUGAAACCAGCAUUCAAUUUCUGAAACACAAUUAGAGAUGUGAAUAUUAGUCAUGUUCUUACUGUUUAGUGAUCUGUGAGAUUCGGUAUUUUGAAACAUUAUACAAAUUUGAAUAGAAGGGGAGUAAAAAUAAAAGAACCAAUAAACAUUAAUUAACGAGGCCUCAAAA